CGAGUCCGAGAGUGAAUAUCGAAAAGAAUAACAAACACGAUACCACCGUCAUACGCAUACUUAGCGAAAGAUAUUUUCGGAAAUCACUUAUAUAUACGUAUAGAAAACGCGGAAAGUCUGUGCGAGAUAACUCUGAUCGCGGGUGUCAAUUAAUAUAAUUGUUUAAACCUGUGUCGUGUGCAUUUUCCAUUCAGGUUUUCACUGUUUUCCGUUCGACCGUUUUUUGUUUUUAAUUUUUUUCUAUUCGUUUAACGCGUGUGAAAUUGCCGAGAGUUAAGGGUCAGUGAAGGAUUUUGGUAUCGACCGACGGCCAACCGUCCUGCUGGGGCGCGAGGAGACUUGUGCAUUAGUCAUGAAUCAACAACAACAGCAAAAACAAAUUACCACUACCACCACAUCCUCGAUGUCCACGGGACAGAGGAGCAUAAACCGUACCGAACAACAGGUCACGAGACAAUUCACGCAGACCACACAGAGACAAGUUCACGAAGGGUUUAUUGUACAACAGUCUACUCCAAAAUUUGGAAAUGACGCUGCUCCACCAGUAUUUGAACAAAUAUUCAAAAAUGCCAGAUUUGCUCAAGGAGGAAAUGCCGUUUUCGAAGGAAAGGUUACGGGGAUUCCUAAACCUUUUGUCUCAUGGACCAGGAAAGGCGCUCCACUAUUGGAGUCAUACAAAUACAAGAUGACGUAUGAUCAACAAACAGGGAAUGUUGUUCUUACGAUCAAUCAGAUCGGUCCAGGAGAUGAAGGUGAAUACACGUGUUCGGCGCGCAAUCAAUAUGGUGAAGCAAUUUGUUCUGUUUUCAUUCAACCAGAAGGUCAUACCGUUCAAAUACCUCAAGGCACGUAUGGUUCGCAGCGAGUACAACAGACACAGAAUACGCUGUAUACAAAUAAUUAUUCGAACAUCGAUGAAGAUUUCAAAGUCGAUACUUUCGAAUAUCGCUUACUCCGUGAAGUGUCCUUCAGACAAUCUGUCACCAAAAGGUACCUAGGUGAAGAGGAUGUCAAGUUUACAAGCAGCGCACAUCAAGGCCCGGUCGUAGCACCCCAAGUGCUUCAAAAACCGCGUAACUCAAAAUUAGUUGAAGGAGCAAACGCUACAUUUACUGUAAAAGUGUCAACAGCUAAGGAUACAAGGUUGACUUGGUUCAAGAACGGCCAAAGACUCGUAAACGGACCAAAACACCAGAUCAAUUUCACUAAUCAAAUCGCUACACUUUAUAUACCACAAGUAAGUUGUGAGGAUUCUGGACAUUACACUCUGCUUGUAGAAAACCCACAAGGCUGUGUAGUUUCUACUGCGUAUCUUGCUGUAGAACCAAUGCAUAUGGCAUACGACAGAACAGAAGACAAGGAGAAUGUAAUAACUAAAACUCAUAACAAGCUCGAGUCGAUAGAAGUGGUCGAGGGCAAGAUGUUGGCGCCAAAUUUUGUGCGUGUUUGUGGUGAUCGUGACGUGACUGAAGGCAAAUUGACACGUUUUGAUGUUCGUGUUACGGGCAAACCGUAUCCCGAAGUCUCGUGGUAUAUUAAUGGUCAGCAAAUUAAGGACGACGCAACGCACAAGAUAUUAGUCAACGAAUCUGGUGAUCACGGAUUGAUGAUAACCAAUGUGUCUCAGGCAGAUGCAGGUCAGGUGGUUUGUGUCGCAAGAAGUAAAUCCGGAGAAACUUCUUUCCAAUGUAAUCUGGGAGUCAUUGAAAAAGAACUUGUAGUUGCUCCAAAGUUUGUACAACGUUUUACACCUUUAAAUAUAAGCGAAGGAGAAACAGUUACAUUGAGUGUCAGAGCUGUUGGAACCCCAGUACCAAGAAUAACAUGGCAAAAAGAUGGUGUAAACAUCAGCGAACAACCAGGAAUGGUAUCUGUAUGGACCGAAGGAGGUGGUUCAGUAUUAGAAAUAGCAAGAGCUGCUCCAACAGACGCAGGUUGGUAUCAAUGUACAGCUCAAAACACAGCUGGAUCGACAGCAACACGGGCUCGCCUUAAUAUCAUAAGGAAACCUCGCCCUGAAGAUUUCUCCGAAGAUCGACGUCUUAGGCUACCGAAACCAACACGAGUAAUUGAACCUGAACCUGAACCAGAACCAGAAGUUGUUUUUCUAAAACAUGUCGAGAGAGCAAAAUACCAUACUCCUCGACCAGAAGAAGACAAGAUUUAUCCACCACCACGGUUCAUUGUUCCGCUCGCAGACAUCACUCAACAAGAAGAUGGUCGAAUUCAUUUUGAAGCUAGAAUUGAACCUAUUGGAGAUCCAACAAUGGUGGCUGAAUGGUUUGUUAAUGGUUAUCCUUUAAAAGCAAGUUCAAGAGCUAUGACUUUAUUAAAUUAUGGUUUCAUAGCUUUGGAUUUGUUGAGCAUUAUAUCCCAAGAUGCUGGCGAGUAUACAUGUAGAGUAACGAGUAGCUCUGGAACAGCUCAGUCUACUGCUGUUCUCAAAGUUGAAGGGAGAGAUGAAAUCGAUAAAUCCAGUCAAUAUCCAGACAGUUUAAAAUAUAUUGAACAAUUGGAAGAUUAUUCCAAAUAUCAAAGAAGUGAUAGUUAUGAUGAAGUUCAACCAUUACCGCCCACUUUAGUUAAAUCAUUACAUGAUAUGGGUGAUUUACAAGAAGGUAGAAAUGCACAUUUCGAAGCUCAGCUUAACCCAGUCAGUGAUCCAACAAUGAAAGUAGAGUGGUAUAAAGAUGGAAAACCUAUUACAGCAAGUUCAAGAAUAACAACAAUAUUUAAUUUUGGUUAUGUUUCAUUAAAUAUUAUGCAUCUUCGUGUAGAAGACAGUGGAGAAUAUACUUUAAGAGCAAUAAACCGAUGGGGAGAAGUUAUCAGCACAGCAACAUUAAAUGUUAUUGCUCAUAGUAGUAUUACAGGUGAUUUAGGCUACCCAGAACAGCAAAGGUAUAUUGAUCAAACCGAAGCUUUGGAACAAUCUUAUCUACAACAAAAAAAUCAGGAAUAUAAAAUAAGUGUACCUGAAAGUGUUGCACCACCACAAUUUAAAACGCCAAUUAAAGAUCAACAGAACAUUAAAGAAGGUGGUUUUGCUCAUUUUGAAGCAAGAUUAGAACCAUUAGGAGACUCAACACUUCAAGUAGAAUGGUUAAAGGAUGGUAAACCAGUUGAAGCUAGUUCAAGAAUGACUGUAUUCUUCAACUUUGGAUAUGUUGCAUUAACAAUAAAAUAUGUAACUGUUUUUGAUAUUGGAACAUAUACUUGCAGAGCUUAUAAUAAUUUAGGAGAUGCUUCAACAUCUGCUACAUUGACUGUUCUUACUAAAAAAGAUGUUGUUCAAGAUAGUCAACACCCAGGAGGUCUCGAACGAUUCCAAUAUUUGGAAGAUUCAAGAAAGAAUAAACGAAAGGCAGAAGAAGAAACAGUUGUUACACAAAAACCUAGAUUUCUUGGACCAUUGAAAGGAACAAAUAAAAUUGCUGAAGGACAAAGAGCUCAUUUUGAAGUUCGAGUAGAACCUCAAAAUGAUGUGACUAUGAAAAUUGAAUGGUAUUUUAAUGGAAGAGUAAUAAUGAGUGCUAAUAGAAUUCAAACAUAUCACGAUUUUGGUUAUGUGGCUUUGGAUAUUCUUGGUGUAAGAGCAGAAGAUAGCGGUACCUAUGUGGUUGUUGCAAGAAAUGCCUUAGGAGAGGCCCAACUGUCAGCUACAAUGGAAGUUGAAGUUCGUUCAAAUAUUGAUACAUCUACUAUGCAUCGUGGAGUAGUUGAAAAAGCUCCUUAUCUUGAAUCUAAAAAGUUUACUGAACCUCAGUAUGAUAUUGAGGAAAUUUCUAAGUCAAGACCUAUAUUUAUACAACCAUUAAGUGAUCCUGCACCGUUGAAUGAGGGUAAAAAUGUUCAUUUGGAAUGCCGUCUUGAGCCUAUGGGUGAUCCUACCAUGAGAGUUGAAUGGUUUCAAAAUGGAAAACCUGUAACAGUUGGUUCAAGAUUCCGUACAUACUAUGAUUUUGGAUAUGUUGCUUUGGAUAUCAUACAUGUCACAUCAAUUGACUCUGGUGAAUACACUGUGAGAGCUACAAACCAUUUAGGAUCAGCUCACACAUCUGCAUGUGUCAAUGUAUUAUGCCGAUCAGACAUUUUAACUGAAAGUCAAAAUGAGUAUGCAUUAGAGCAGAUACAAAUGUUAGAAGAUGCAUCAAGAUAUCAAAAAAUGAUAAUUGAAGAAGAAAGUAUUAUGCAAGGGCCACAGUUUACCAAGCCAUUGCAUAAUAUUCAGACAUCUGAAGGUACAAACAUACAUUUGGAAUGUAGAUUAAAACCGGUUGGAGAUCCAAGUAUGAAAAUAGAUUGGUUGGUCAACGGACGUCCAGUAAAAACAGGACAUAGAUUCCGCCCUGCCUAUGAUUUUGAUUAUGUAGCAUUAGAUUUGUUAAGUGUUUAUCCAGAAGAUUCUGGAGUAUAUACUUGCCAAGCUAGAAACGAAAUGGGUGAAGCUGUUACUUCUAGCUCAGUGAAAGUGAUUGCUAAACAAAAUUUAAUACUAGAUUCACAACAUCCACAUGGUUUAGAAAAAAUACAAUAUCUAGAAGAUUCUGCGAGAUACAAAAAAGCUGAAAUGAUUGAAGAGUCUGUUAAAAUAAAACCACGUUUUUUGACAAAACUAAAAAAUGUGGAAAAUUUAAAGGAAGGACAACAUGCUCAUUUUGAAUGUAAAUUAGAACCAGUUACAGAUUCUAAUCUAGAAGUUCAGUGGUUUAAAAAUGGAAAACCAAUCAUUAUUGGCCAUCGUUUCAGACCUAUCCACGAUUUUGGAUAUGUAGCCUUAGAUAUCAUAGAUGUCAUUGAAGAAGACUCUGGAACUUAUACAUGCCGUGCUGUUAAUUUACUUGGUGUUGAUGAAACAAAUGCCCAUUUAACAUGCAGAAGUUCAUCAGGUAUUGUAACAGAUACUCAAAAUGAAAUGGGUCUAGAACAAAUUCAGUAUCUUGAAGAAAAAUCUAGAUACAACAGAAGAGAAGACAUUGAAGAAACAACUACUCAAGCUCCAAUUUUCACUACUUCAUUAAAGCAUUGCGAUAUUAAAGAAGGCCAACGAGCUCAUUUUGAAUGUAGAUUAAUCCCAGUAUCUGAUAACACCAUGAAAGUAGAAUGGUUCCACAAUAAUGUUCCAAUUAAAUUUGGAUCUCGAUUUACUGAAACUAAUAACUUUGGAUUUGUUGCAUUGGAUAUUCUUCAAUGUUUACCUGAGGAUUCUGGCACAUAUACGUGCCGUGCAACUAAUUGGUUAGGACAAUCUAUUACAUCAGGAAAUCUCAAUGUUCAAUCGAGAAAGUCAAUUUACUUGGAAUCUCAGCAUGAAGAUGCAUUAGGUCGUUUAGCUCAGCUAGAAAACUCAAACCGUUAUCAACGUCAAUCAGUUGUAGACGAUGUAGUAACACAAGCUCCAAUAUUUACUCAACCUAUGAGAGAUAUUACAAUGAUUGAAAGUCAGCCUGCUCAUUUUGAAGCAAGAUUAAUACCAGUGGGUGACGACAAAUUAAAAGUAGAAUGGUUAAGAAAUGGAAUUCCUAUUCAAGCAUCUAAUCGUGUAUCAACAAUGCAUGAUUUUGGUUAUGUUGCUCUUAAUCUUAAAUAUGUUUAUCCCGAGGAUUCUGGUACUUAUACAUGCAGAGCUAUAAAUGAUUUAGGACAAGCAGUCACCUCAGCCACACUAAAUGUGCAUUCUAAAGCUUCUCUUCAAUUGGAAAGUCAACAUGAAGCAGCAUUAGAUAAAUUAAGACAGCUUGAAGAUUCCAGCAGGUACAAACGAGUAGAACAAAAAGAAGUGGAAGUUACUGAAGCACCUAAGUUUAUUGUACCAUUAAAUGGCACUGAAAGUUUAAUUGAAGGUCAAAGUGCUCAUUAUGAAUGUCGCAUAGAACCUUAUCCUGAUCAUACACUGCAAUUAGAAUGGUUACACAAUGGUAAACCAUUACAAACAGGACAUAGAUUUAGAACAACUUAUGAUUUUGGUUUUGCGUCAUUGGAUGUUCUAUCAGCUUUACCAGAAGAUUCUGGAGAAUAUACUUGUAGGGCUAUUAAUAAACUUGGUAGGGCUGAGUCAUCUGUUAAGCUAGGUGUUCAAUCUCGAGCGUCGAUUAUUAGUGAUACUCAACAUCAAGGAGCUUUGAACAAAAUACAGUAUUUAGAAGAUGACUCUAGAUUUAAAAGAGCAGCUGCUGAAGACGUUCUAAUAACAGAAAAACCACAAUUUGGACGACCUCUUAAGAAUAUAGAACAUCUUCCAGAGGGACGAAGUGUACAUCUUGAAGCUACAUUAAUUCCAGUUAAUGACCCAACUAUGAAGGUUGAGUGGUUUAGAAAUGGAAUACCAAUUCCUCAAGGCCACAGAUUUAAGACGGUUUAUGAUUUUGGAUUUGUUGCUUUGGAUGUACUUUAUGCUUAUCCUGAAGAUUCAGGUACAUACAUGUGCAAAGCUAAAAACGCUGCUGGAGAAGCAGUCACUACUUGCAUUGUAACAGUUGAUUCUAAAUCUGGUCUUCAGUUAGACACAUUGGAUGAAGAUAGAUUAAAAAAGAUUAAACAACUUGAAGCUUAUGAAAGACCUACAGCUCAAGAAGCUGUACUUGAACUUCAAAAACCAGUAUUCCUUACACCUCUUAACAGUCUUGAAUUAUUGAAAGAAGGAGAACAUGCUCAUUUAGAAACUCGAAUUGAACCAAUUAAUGAUGCUGAUUUGAAAAUAGAAUGGUUCGUUAAUGGAGUAGCAAUUAAAACAGGCCAUCGUUUUAAGACUACACAUGAUUUUGGAUAUGUCGCAUUGGAUAUUUUGUAUGCUUAUGCUGAAGAUUCCGGUACUUAUAUGUGUAAAGCCACCAAUAAAAAAGGAGAAGCAGUAAAUACUUGUCAAAUUAAUGUUGCCUCUCGUAGAAGUAUUUACUUAGAAACACAACAUCCUGAUGGAUUAGAAAAGAUUCGUGAACUUGAAGCGCAGGGACGCCCAGCAAAACUUGAAAUUGAUGAGCCUCCACCAACAGCACCAUCAUUGACUGAUUUAUGGGGCACUACUGAGGUAGCUGAAGGAAAAACAGCCCACUUUGAGUGUCAAGUAAAACCUGUACACGAUUCUAAACUGAAAGUUGAGUUCUUCCAUAAUGACAAACCACUUGGAUCUGCUUCUCGUUUCCAUACUACAUAUGAUUUUGGUUACAUAUCUUUGGAUAUUGGUCAUGUUGUUCCUGAAGAUGCUGGCAAAUAUACCGUUAAAGCUACCAACGAAUUGGGUCAAGCUAUUUCAAAUAUUAAUUUAUUAGUUCAAGGAGGUGGAAGUAUAAUUUUGGACUCUCAAAGACCUGAAGGAUUAGAAAAAAUAAAAGAGUUAGAAAUGGCUGUACCUUUCAAACGUGCAGAUUAUUCAGAACCUAUUUCAAAACAAAGACCAAUGUUCACACAACCUUUACAAAAUAUUGACAGCAUAAAUGAAGGACAAACAGCCCACUUUGAAUGUCGUCUUAUCCCAAUUGGAGAUUCGUCAAUGACUGUUGAAUGGUUUAGAAAUGAAAAACCAUUAGAAACAAGUUCGAGGAUUACAAAAACAUAUGACUUUGGUUAUAUAUCCCUAGACAUUUCUCAUGUAAGAGAUGAAGAUAAUGGGGUGUAUAGUUGUAAAGCCACAAAUGCUCUUGGGGAAGCAAUUUCGACAGCCUCCAUGAGAGUUAGAACAAAAUCUGAUAUUCAGUUAGAAAGUCAACAUCCAGAAGGUCUUAAAAAAAUUGUUGAAUUAGAACGGGGUCAAGAACCAUUGAAGAGAGAAGAGGCAGAAAGAUCAUAUGAGAAACCAAUUUUCACACAACUUCUUACAGGCCCUUCAGAGCUUAUUGAAGGUCAACAUGCUCACUUUGAGUGUAGAGUUGUACCAGUAGGUGAUCCAACAUUACGUUUUGAGUGGUAUGUUAAUGGAGUUGAAUUAAAAAUGGGCUCUAGAUUCCAUGUAACAAACGAUUUUGGCUUUGUGACAUUAGAUAUCAGCUCUACUGUUGCAGAAGAUUCUGGAGUUUAUACAUGUAAAGCAAUUAACGGGGCUGGAGAAGCUGUUUCUUCCACUUCUAUGAAAAUAAAACAUCGCUCUUCAAUUAUUCAUGAACCAUUACAACCUGAUGCAUGGGAAAAAAUUCAGCUUAAAGAAGCAGAAAUGAAUAAAGUUCCUGAAAUGUUCAUUGAUACUAGACCACAACAAGCACCUGUUUUUACUUCACAUUUGCAAAAUCAAGACCGUUUAGCUGAAGGUCAGCAUGUUCAUUUAGAAGCUCAAGUAGAACCUAGAGCAGAUCCUAAUCUUCGAAUUGAAUGGUUUAAAAAUGGAGUCACAUUGACAACUGGUUCAAGAAUACGCAGCACUUUUGAUUUUGGUUUGGUCACAUUAGCAAUAAAUAGUUUGAGACCAGAUGAUUCAGCCAUCUACACAUGUAAAGCAUCUAACGUUUUGGGUGAAGCUGUUUCAACUUGUACAUUAAAAAUAUCUGAUAGCCAUUGGUUAAUAAGUAACACUUUACACCCUGAAUCACUUUCAAAAAUUGAAGAUUUGGAAAAACCUCAUGCUGAACGAGUUGAAGGACCAGAACCAGUUUUUGAAAGUCCUGUUUUCAUUUCUCAUCUUAAUAAUUGGGAAUGUAAAGAAGGAAAUGAUGUUCAUUUUGAAUGUCAAGUAGAACCUUCCAAAGAUCCAACUUUGAAAAUUGAUUGGUUUGUAAAUGGAAAACCACUUCAAAGUGCAGCAAGAUUCAAGUCUGCCUAUGAUUUCGGUUUUGUCACAUUAGAUAUACAUCACGCAUAUUCAGAAGAUUCUGGAAUAUAUACGUGUAGAGCUAGUAAUAGCAAAGGCCAGGCUGUAACUACGGGAACAUUAAAAUGUACAGGUCUCCAAGGCAUUCAUUUAGACACACAACAUCCACAAGGAAAAACUGGAUUAGAAAAGGUACAAAAAGUGGAAGAUAAUCUUGCUUCUAAAUAUCAACGUCAAGCAUCAUUGCCUGAGGCAACUUUCCCAAAACCAAUAUUUAUUGUACCUCUCGAAGCUGAAUUCAUAUUAGCUGAAAGUAAAGCACUGCAUUUGGAAGCACAAGUUGAACCAAAGAAUGAUCCUAAUCUCAAAAUUGAAUGGUACUUUAAUGGAAAAGUACUUGAUUUAGGAUCACGUUUUAAGACAAACAAUGAUUUUGGUUUUAUAAGUUUGGAUUUAACUGAUGUAUAUGAACGAGAUCAAGGAGUGUAUACCUGCAAAGCAUAUAACCAUUCUGGAGAAACCUAUACUUCGACAACUGUAUAUUGCAGUAGUAACAAAGGAUUAAUUGAGCAUACUCAACACCCAAAAGGAGAAGAAGGUUUGGAAAAAAUUCAAAGUUUAGAAGAAUCUUUACAAAGACAAAAACAAGGAAUUACCGAUAAAGAGACUGGACAUGCACCUAUUUUCACUUCUCAAUUUAAAGAUCUUGGAUUUUUAAGUGAAGGUGAAAUCGCUCACUAUGAAGCUUCAUUAACACCUGUUGGUGAUCAGAAAAUGGUUGUUGAAUGGUUCUACAAUGGAAAUGCUAUUGAAGCUAGUCACCGUAUUCGUACAAUAUAUGCAUUUGGAAUGGUUGUUCUUGAAAUUCUUGGUACAAAAAUAGCUGAUACAGGAACUUACACUUGUAAAGCAACAAAUGACUAUGGAUCUGCAGAAAUGAGUGUUACACUAGAAUGCGUAGAAAGAAUAACUGGUCAAAAACCAAAAUUCACAUCUCAAAUUCAAACUUUAGUUGGCUUAAAAGAUGGAGAUUCUGCACAUUUUGAAUGCACAUUAAUACCAGUCAAUGACCCUGAUUUAAAAGUAGAAUGGUUCCACAAUGGUAAACCAUUAUUACACAAAAAUCGUGUAAAAAUGAUUUCUGAUUUUGGAUUUGUUGUCAUGGAUAUAGCAUACAUACAAAAUCAUGAUUCUGGAGAAUAUAUAUGUAAAGCAAGCAAUAAGUAUGGUGAAGAUAUAACUAAAGCCUCUAUUCAAUACUCUGGAAAAGGUGGUGUAUAUUUAGAUUCAUUGCAACCUACUUCCUUAGCUAGAAUUCGAGAGUUAGAAAAUGCUACAGGACAACCAGCUGGAUUUGCAUCAUCUCCUGUAUCAGAAGCUCCUAAAUUCACAACACAAUUAGUAGACAUAACAAAUUUGAAAGAAGGACAAAGUGCUCACUUUGAAGCUCGAGUUACACCAGUGAACGAUCCAAAUCUUGUUGUUGAAUGGUAUUUCAAUGGUGAAAAACUACAACACGGUCAUAGAUUUAGAACAUUCCACGAUUUUGGUAUAGUAAUAUUGGAUAUACUAUAUUGCUAUGAAGAAAACUCUGGUGUAUACGAGUGUAGAGCAUUUAAUAAAGCAGGAACUGAUACUACUAAGGCAAAUCUACUUUGUACCUCCAAAACAAAUUUGAUCUUAGAUUCUCAACUUCCUCGAGGAAUGGAAGGAGGAUUAGAAAAAAUUCAGACUCUUGAAGAUUUAACUCUCAGAGUUAAAGAUGAAAGAGUUUCUGUGGAAAAUCGGCAAGCUCCAAUGUUUACUGAACCAUUAUCCAAUAUUGAUAGUUUACGAGAAGGCGAGAGUGCACAUUUUGAAGGUCGCUUGACACCUGUUGAUGAUCCUAACUUAAAGGUGGAAUGGUUCUGGAAUGGAAAACCAUUAAAAGCUGGUUCUAGAUUCAGGACUUUCUGUGAAUUUGGUUUUGUUAUAUUGGAAAUAUCUCCAGUAUAUCCUGAAGAUUCUGGAGAAUAUUCAUGCCGAGCUUCUAACCAUUAUGGUGACGCUGUUACUACAGCCAGCAUGAAAGUUCAAGGAAAGAGAAGUAUCAUUGUGGAAUCACAGCUUCCAAAAGGAAUGGACACUACUAUUGAUAGAAUUGCAGAACUUGAAGGUCUUGGAAAAUCAAGGGCAACUAUUGAAACUGAAGAUGAUCUGGGAAGAGCUCCAGAAUUCAUAACAACUCCAGCUGAUCUUAGUUUGUCAGAAAAUUCGUUGGCUCAUUUUGAAUGCAAGCUUGUACCAUCAAAUGAUGCUAGCAUGACGGUUACUUGGUUCCACAAUGGCAAAGUGUUAUCAGCUGGAUCACGUAUAAAAACAAUUAAUGAUUUUGGAUUUGUUAUCCUUGAAGUAGCUGGUGUUUAUAUUAGAGAUUCUGGUCUAUAUACUUGCAAGGCCACCAAUAAACAUGGAGAAGCAACAGUGACAUGUAAGUUACAAGUUAAAGGACGGCAAGGUAUAGUUUUAGAACCUCAAUUGCCUAACACAUUCAGAUCAGGUACAAAAAGUAUUCAAAAGCUUGAAGAGAAUAUGUAUAAACGGGAAGAGAUAUUGGCUGAAGAUGAAAAACCAAAUCCUCCUAGGUUUACUGUAGAACUGAAGGAUGCAUUGGAUGUACAAGAAGCCAAAUCUGUUCAUUUUGAAUGUAGAGUGGAACCUGUUAAUGAUUCUACAUUAAGGAUUGAUUGGUUUUUCAAUGGAAAACCUUUUGCUACUGGUUCACGUGUACAUGUGAUAAAUGAUUUUGGAUUUAUAUCGUUGGACAUGGAUUAUGUUUACUCUCGAGAUUCUGGCGAAUAUAUAUGCCGUGCAACAAAUAAAUGGGGAACUGCCUUUACAAAAGCAAAAUUAACGUGCACUGCUAAACAAAAUGUCAUAUUAGAGUCACAAUUACCAGAAGGAAUGAGUGGAGAAAAAUUAAAAGCGUUAGAGCAAGGGCCAAUACAAGAAAAAAAAAUUCAUGAUGAAAUAGAAGCAAUGCCACCAAAAUUCUUAUCCCAGAUUGAAUCAACAACAGUUGAAGAAGCAAGUUCUGUACAUUUUGAAACUAGAGUCGAGCCUAAAAAUGAUCCAAAAUUAAGAGUAGAGUGGUAUAGAAAUGGGAAACCAUUACCUUCAGGACAUAGAUAUAAAUCUAUUUUCGAUUUGGGUUUUGUAUCUUUGGAUAUACUGUCUAUGUAUUCUGAAGAUUCAGGAGAAUACAUUUGUAGAGCUGUAAACGAUCACGGUGAAGCAAUAACUAAAGCUAUGGUCACCUGCAAACAGCUUCCAACAAUAUUACUUCAAAAUCAAGUACCAAAAGGUAUGAAAAAGUCAGAAGCUUUGACUCAAAUGGAAGCAGCUAUCAAAAAAUAUACAUCUGAGAUUCAUUUGACCAUAGAUGAUUUGUAUGAAGUUGAAAAGAAACAACCGCCAAGAUUUGUCACCCAAAUUAAAGAUCAGUUAUCGUUAGUUGAAAUGGAAUCAACCAAAUUUGAAUGUCAAUUAGCUCCAGUUGGUGAUCCUAAUAUGAAGGUUGAAUGGUUCUUAAAUGGCAAACCAUUAAGACACAAGAAUAGAUUUAACCCAAUUUAUGAUUUUGGUUAUGUUGCUAUGAAUUUUGGUUGGAUUUAUCCCGAAGACAGUGGUGAAUAUGUUUGUAGGGCUACUAAUUUAUAUGGUCAAGAUGAAACAAGAGCCACUAUAAAAACAUCUGGUAAGCCAGGUAUCAUUUAUGACUCACAGCUUCCUAAAGGAAUGAAGAGUAUUGAAAAAAUAAGAGAAAUGGAAGCAUCGUGGCAAGUAACACCUGAGAUGAAAGAGGAAGAAGAAAAACGUAGAGAACCACCACAAUUUGUAAGCAAACCAGAACCUGUCACUGUAUGUGAAGGUGAUUGGGCUAGAUUCUGUUGUAGAGUUACUGGUUUUCCGAGACCAAGAGUUAUGUGGUUAGUCAAUGGAAACACUGUGGUGAAUGGAAUGAGAUAUAAAUUAAAUUACGAUGGUAUGUGGCAUCUUGAUAUACCAAAGACAAGGCAAUAUGAUCAUGGUAAAGUUGAAGUUAUUGCUAGAAACGUAUGUGGAGAGACCCGUGUAGAAACAAUGCUCACAGUGAAUUCAAGACAUGAUGAUUACAGAGGAGUUUUGAAAAAUUCACCUAGACCAUGGUACGACAGUGAUUUGGUGCAGUACCAAAGGGAUCUUAAAGAGAAUGAACUUGAAAAAGUGUUUACUGAUAGAGCAUCAAAUGUUCAAAAUAUUGAUUAUAGUAAUAUGAUUAUAUCAACGGUUGGUGAUCAAAUGAAACAAAAGCAAUUAAAUGAUUCAAAACCUGAAUGGACUGAAACUGUGAAACAAAAGAAAAAUGAGGAUUAUUAUAAUAAAUUGAGUAAAUUGGAAGGAGAUCAAGUGAUAAAAGAGGCAAGAAUCAGAGAAGCUAAUCAUCAAGUAUCAAUUGCAGGCGAGAAAUUGAAAACUACAUCCAAAAAUAUGUCUAAAAAUUACGAAGAAUCAUUAGUUAAAGAUAAAAAAGAAGAAUUAAUGCCUUGGCAAACAACAAAAUUACUUAAAGCACGGGGUGAUCAAAGUCCACAAAUAAUACCGGAUCCAUCUGAGUCAGCGGUACACGGAAAAGAAAUUCACGUAGCGAAACAGCAACAAACUCAAAAAGAAAUACAAGGUGAUAAAGAAAUACGUAGAAAAAUUACUGCCACUGAGACAACUGAAGUAGAACAUACACGUAAAAACCAAGAAAGGGUAGUUCAAGGAAAAGUUGAACCGUCCAAACCACCAAUAUUUACAACUAAAAUUCAACCUUGCCGCGCAUUCGAACAAGACCAAGCCCGUUUUGAAGUUGAAUUCGAUGGCGAGCCAUUACCUACGAUUAAAUGGUACCGAGAAGACUUUUUAAUCCAAAAUUCACCUGACUUCCAAAUACACACGUUUAGUACUAAGUCAAUACUAAUUAUUAGACAAGUUUUUAUGGAAGACUCUGGCGUGUUUGCCGUCAUUGCAGAGAACAGAGGUGGCAAGGCAAAAUGCAGUGCCAAUUUACUUGUCGAAGAACGUAAACAAGUUGGCAGGAAAGGACCCGGUCCACCAAGCUUCCUUAGCACAAUGCAAGGAUCAGUCGUUAAAGCCGGUCAACUAGUCAGAUUUGACGUUAAAAUCAGUGCUAAUAAGCCACUGGACGUAUAUUGGUUAAAGAACGGAAAGAAAAUCACCCAGGACAUUCGUUAUAAAACAGUGGACGAAGACAACCAAUACACGCUCUUGAUUAUUGAGUCAGUCACUGAAGAUAGUGGAACCUACGAGUGUGUAGCCAUCAACAAUUCUGGCGAAGCAAGGUGUGAAGCUCAGUUAGUAGUUCAACCUUUGGAACAGAAAGAUAAGCCUAAAUUAAAACCUAGUGGUAAAGAACAGGCACCGACAAUCACUCAACCGUUAUCCGGACAAGUGAUUCACGAGGGACAACCUGUGACGUUUAGCUGUAAGAUUUCUGGACAACCUCCAAUAACCGUAAAAUGGCAAAAAGGCGAUAAAGUGAUUAAACCAUCAAAAUAUUUCCGUAUGACACAAGAUGGGGAAACAGUAUCACUUCAUAUAUCUGAAGUGUUCCCAGAGGACGAAGGCACGUACAAAUGUCUAGUGUCGAAUUCCGGCGGUCAAGCUGUCCUGUCAGCUAAUUUGAAAGUCAUUGUACCUGAUAAUCAAGACAUAGCUCCAACCUUGAGCCCGAUGAGAGACGUUAUCGUCCCAGAAGGUAAUGCGGCUCAGUUCCGCACGCAAGUUUCGGGACAACCGUCACCGUCUGUACAAUGGUUCAGAGAAGGAAUACUUAUUCCCGAAACACCAGAUUUUAAGAUGAUGUAUGAAGGUAAUAUGGCCGUUCUGUUGAUAACAUCGACAUACGAAGAAGAUUCUGGUGUUUUCACAUGUCGUGCCACAAAUAGCGCUGGACAAGUAGAGACCUCGGCCAAACUUACGGUGAAAAGUAAGAAAUAAUCACGAUUACGUAUAAUUAUAUAAGCAAUAAGCAAAUAUAUAUUUAUAAUACAUGAUAUAUUUAAACACACAUACACACAUAUAUAUUUAUAUAUAUACUGUGUCGUUAUUAGAAUUAAAAUAUUAUCAAUAAGUCACAUAUGGAAAUGCUACCUGUGCUUUCAAAUAAUAAUUUAAGAAUUAUAUUUUAUCGAGGGAAAAUACGCUUUAAGUAUUAUUUGUUUAUUCUCUCUC